AUGAUUUGGGAUUCAUUCUUUACAUUGGGCCUGCUGAGCCUGUUGGCCUUGGCAUCUGCAUUGCCGAAUGACAUUGUGGCCAGAGAAACCUCAGCGAAUGUUUCAAUCUCAGCGAAUGCUUCAACAUCGGCACCACCUACCCGGUCUCAUCCAACCAGUCUGCCACAUUCCGCAUACAAUGGAACCGCGACCGUUACUGGCGCAAUUGCAGCCACAUCGGUUGGAACUGGUAUACCGUCUGGCAGCGUUGCGCAUAGUGCAACAACUUACCCAAGUGACGGGAAGCUACACAAUGCCGAGCCAGCACCAUAUGACCCUGCUGGAGGCGUCGGGAUGAAUGGGUCAAUCCCUGUGUAUAACGCCAAGAGUGACUUUGACUACGAAUCCUUGGCCCUUACAUUGUAUCAAGAGUGGAUUGAAUUGGAUCUGUUCCAGGAUGCAUUGAAUCGAUUCUCAGUGGACGACUUCAAGUCCGCCGGACUGACGUCCAAAGACCGAGAUCUCAUUGCAUUUAUGGCCCAACAGGAAGUCGGCCACGCAACUAUGGUCAGUAACAUACUCGGCGCCAAAGCGCCACAGCAAUGUGCAUAUAUCUAUCCCCACACCACUGUGGCCGAAUUCAUCGACUUCGCCCAGAAGCUGACCCGAUUCGGCGAAGCUGGUGUUUACGGGUUCCUAGCACAUCUUGACUCCCGCGAAGCAGCCACUCUACUAACUCAAUCCAUCUCAACCGAGGCACGCCAGCAAUUGAUCUUCCGUGAGUUUGAGGGCCUCUUUCCCAUGCCAGAAUGGUUCGAAGUCGGUAUUCCGCAGUCGUGGGCAUGGACCCUGAUGGCACCAUACAUCAGUUGGUGCCCGACGAACCAGACCCGGCUUGUAUGGGAGAACUUUCCAGCCCUGAGAAUCCUUAAUCAACCUAGUUUGUCUAAUGGGGCAAGUGGUGGUGAUAACACGUCCAUGACCCAGAACGAUACUCUUAGCGCAGGAACAAGCGUGGUGACAAGCAGUAGAAAAAAGAGGGUCUUCAGGUCGGGCCGGGACUGCGGCGCUACUGUGACCACUGAAAAUGUCACUCUACUUUCUUACCCGGGUCGCCAGGUCGCGCUGCAGUGGGACAAUCCGGGUAAAGCUGUCGGGCCAAACAACAGUUAUGUCACCACCACCCAAGCGAAGGCGGCCAAGUAUGUCGUAUGGGUUUCACAGCUCAACAUCACAUACACGCCUCUGAUAGGUAAUGGUACUAAUACGACGCUUGGAUAUACUAUCCAGCCAGACUUGCAGACCUAUCAGGGUGAUCCGGCGUUUAACGGGACGAUGUUUAUUGCUAUCACGGAUUCGAACCCACCUUUGACUUCGUUUAAUCUCAGUUUGAUUAAUCCGCAUAUUGUUGCUGGGCCGGCUAUCUACCAGGCCGGUUGA